UGCCUAACAGGGAAGACACACACAGUAGAUGCACCGUUAGCUGAACCCCUGACACGGCGGUCUUUUGAAUGCCUUAGGUAUGAUUUCACUUUCGCUCACAUCAAUGCUGACCUGAAUGCCUUUCAUAUCUGAUCCGCUGUGUCUCUCCCAGUAAACAUCCCCUGAGGGGAGAACAAAGAAAGGAGCUCUUCUUCUUCUUAAUCACAAUUCAGCCCAUUCACCGCCGGCAGGCUACAUUUGCAUUCUGCAACAGAAAGCCAAGAUGAAAAGAAAAAAAAAAGAGAGUGAGAAGAGGGGGGAAAAAGCAGAAGGGUGGAGGCUGAGUAAAAUAACUUAGGUGUUUGUAGCUGUUUGUUGGGCUUCCCCUAGUUACAAGCCUUAUAUAGAUCCUGCUCUACCCAGCCUUGGCUCUUCUGACAGGCAGAUAGUGUUACAAGAUGGCAUGCCUGUACUAUUCAUGGCCACUCGCUCUAACACUUGAGGUAGAAAGUGUCAGAGAGGGAUCAAAUUCUACUCGGAGAAGUCUGUUAUACUUAGGGUCAGGUGUGUGUACUCUCAGCUCUUGACUGCUGCCUAUUAUUUUGUUUUAAUUACUAUUAUUGUUUACUCACCGUGACCUUGGGGAGCGGGGGCCAGGCGAUCUCGGCCACCCCCGGCGAGCAGCUCGGCGCCGAGAAAUCGCCCUUUUCCCCCAUUUUUGGGGGGCUCCGAUUGCUUUUCCCCCUUCCCUACGAGGAUGCUGUGGUCCGGGAUCCCCGGGCACGGGGAAAAGCAGCGGCUCCGCGGCCGCAGGAGGAGGAGGAGAGGAGGAAGGCGGAUCGGUGGAACUUUCUCCAGCCCGGCUCCCUCAUGGCUUCCCCCAGUCACGUCCAUGGGCACUUUCCGGCCGCCCCCCCUCCCCAGAUUUGUCUGUUUGUUUGUUCUUCUGAAGCUCUUCUGCGCUUUUAAUAAGACAGCCCUGAAAAAUAAUAAUAAUAAUAAAAAGAUGGCGAGGUCUUUGGUCGCAGCCACUUUUUCUCACCAAGAGGAGGUUUAUUUAUAACCGGAUCCUGCUUACUGAGAAGUAUUUAAGCCCUUUCAGGCAGAGCUGUCAAAAUUUCCUGUGUUGUUUGCCUCUAUUUGCAACACGCACAAAGUAAUACGCAGCGCUGGUAUUGGAAGAACCGGGGCAGCGCGGAGAUCUCGAGUGACAACUUUGCAGCUCCGCUAUCUCCUGCCGACCAAACUGUCAUUUUCUUCCAGAAACCACUUUUAAGACCCUCACAGUUUUGGUUUCAUUCUCCCCUAACCUCCCCCAAGAGCAAAUAGAUUCAACGUGCUGAAGGCACUUGGGGAGGGCAGGGCUGUGCAAUGCGGGCGGUGGGAUGUCGCGUUUCCCCGUCGCUCCGUGGCAGAUCUCACCCAUAAGGGCUGCACUCCCCGAGAUGUUCCUGGUUGAACAGAAGCAUGUGACACAGAUUCCUGAUUUUUUUUUUCUUUCCUUCCCCAGAAGAUUUACAGAAUUUACAAAAAGAGAUUAUCUCUACACCUUCCACCCUCCUAACCACCCCCAUGACCCAAGCGAUGGAGGAUUUAGGCAGAUUUACUUCGGUAAACACCUUUGGACACUUGGGGAAAAGUAGGAGUCUGUUUGCAAAAGCAGGCUUUUGUGGAGUGAGGUGCUGGGUAAUGCUUUACCAGGCAGCUGUGAUAUUAACCUACCCAGGGAACCCACCACGCGUUAACCCUUCGUGUGCCACAGGCAUAGGGCAGGUGGGGUGAGGAGGUGGCACUGCUGAGCUCAUCCCACCUCUGUGUAGGUGAGCUUUUGGGGUCGAGUAAAGGGUUGGGAAGAGCUGUUAGACGUUGCCACAAAGUGUCCUUCAUAGCUUAGGAGUUGCACACACACUCACCCUAUAUAUACCUAUGUAUCUCUACAUACCUACAUAUCUCUAUAUGCCUACGUAUGACUCUCUACUAUACCUACGUACCCUCACACCUGUAACAUCCACUUCAGAUUCCAAAAGCUCUGCUAAGGGAGGAUCCCUGCAGGAUCCCUGCUCCAGCAGCCGGGCAGAGGAGAAGUCCCGAGGGCAAACCCAUUGGCAUGGCUCAGGGCUGCUGGAGGGCAGCUCUGCAGGGUGCAGAGGGGGAAGAGCCUUCUGCGUGGGGAAGGCUGAUCUGCUCCGAGCUGCUUGGAGAACGAGCUCAGAAGUUGGUUAUUUUCACUGAGCAUAACUUUCCAGGUGUUUCUUUCUUUCCUUUUUUUCUUUUUUUUUUUUCCUUUUUUUUCUUUUUUCUUUAUUUUUUGGCUAUAGAAUAAGAUUGCUUCAUUUGAAGAUUUUUGUUGUCGAGGUUUUUUUUGCCGAUUUUUUUUUUUUUUUAAAGUGUAGGUGUCAAUGUUAGAGCAGCCACGAACGUGUGAGAAAGCAAAGGGUAUGAGACAUGACAGAAUUAAAGGUGUUUGCUAUGUUGUUACCCGUGUGUCGAGCUGCAAGCUCCCUUUGUCACAGCCUCCCGGUGAUCCGACAGUGCAUCCGCAUUCCCCCCCGAGUGAUGCAGCAGUUUUGGGCUGGGGGCUCCGUGCUGUGCCUCCCCAAAGCCAUCCCAGCACCUCCAUCCCAUGGCUCCCGCCCUGCACCGGGGCUGCGCUCAGCCACCAGGACAGCAGCCAUAGCAUUACAGCGCCUGGCAUGGAGCGGCGUUUGGCAGGAAUGUCAUCUGCCAAAUCAUCCCAUAAUUACGUUUUAUGUUAUUUGUAUGAAUGACCAAGCAUGCAGUAUUCCUUUUGAAAUCAAAGGAAGGCUUAAAACGCGUUUUUGAAUACUUUCAGACCACGGUCAGGUCACAGUUUGGGAGUUGAAUUAAACUGAUCUCAUUUGUGAUCUAAUUGAGGUUGGCAACAACCUUAGCAGUAGCAAUAACGCACAAAUACAAAUCAAAGAGCAGAAUUCGGCAAAUCAGAGCUUUUGCUCGAAUUCUGCCCUCGAGUCGCUCUCCGGCUGCCAACGGAGUUCAACUUUGUCCCAUUCCUGGGCGGCAGCGGCGCGGGCCAGGACGGAAAGUUGGGUCGGGGGUGUGGGCGCAGAAGGGAGCGGGGAGCUGCGUCUCAUCCCGCAGCGGUGGGGCACGAGUGGGGUGCGGCCAGCGAUGGUUCUGGAGCGGCUGUGGUAGUGAACUAUGAAAAUGUAGUGGAAACGGGUUCAGAAACAGAUGAGGAGGACAAGCUACACAUCGCUGAAGACGAGAGUGCUAUCAACACGCUGGACCAGGAAACCAGCCCAGCCAGUGUACCCAACCACGAGUCUUCCCCGCAUGUGAGCCAAGCAGCGUUGCCCAGAGAGGAAGAGGAAGAUGAAAUGAGGGAAAGUGGAGUAGAUCACGCCUGGCACAACAAUGAGAUCCUGCAAGCCUCUGUAGAUGGUCAAGAAGAAAUGAAGGAAGAUUAUGACACUAUGGGGCCUGAAGCCGCAAUUCAGACCACUGGAAACAAUGGUACAGUUAAGAAUGCAAAUUGCACGUCGGACUUUGAGGAAUAUUUUGCCAAAAGGAAACUGGAGGAAGGAGAUGGGCAUGCAGUCAGCAUAGCAGAGUACCUGCAGCGCAGCGACACAGCCAUUAUUUACCCCGAAGCCCCCGAGGAACUGUCUCGCCUUGGCACUCCAGAGGCCAAUGGGCAAGAAGAAAACGACCUGCCACCUGGAACUCCAGAUGCCUUCGCCCAACUGCUGACCUGCCCCUACUGCGACCGGGGCUACAAGCGCCUGACGUCCCUCAAGGAGCACAUCAAGUACCGCCAUGAGAAGAAUGAGGAGAACUUCUCGUGCCCUCUCUGUAGCUACACGUUUGCCUACCGCACCCAGCUCGAGCGGCAUAUGGUGACACACAAGCCAGGGACAGAUCAGCACCAAAUGCUGACCCAAGGAGCAGGCAAUCGCAAGUUCAAAUGCACUGAGUGUGGCAAGGCCUUCAAAUAUAAACACCAUCUGAAGGAACACCUGCGAAUUCACAGUGGUGAAAAACCAUAUGAGUGUCCAAACUGCAAGAAACGUUUCUCGCAUUCUGGCUCCUACAGUUCGCACAUCAGCAGCAAGAAGUGUAUCGGUUUAAUCUCUGUAAAUGGCAGAAUGAGAAACAAUAUCAAGACGGGUUCUUCUCCUAAUUCUGUAUCUUCCUCUCCUACUAAUUCAGCCAUUACACAGCUGAGAAACAAGCUGGAGAAUGGCAAACCACUUAGUAUGUCUGAACAAACAGGCCUACUGAAAAUUAAAACAGAACCACUAGAUUUCAAUGAAUAUAAGGUUCUUAUGGCCUCACAUGGGUUUAGUGCAACUAGUCCUUUUAUGAAUGGUGGACUUGGAGCAACCAGCCCCUUAGGAGUUCACACUUCUGCUCAAAGUCCGAUGCAGCACUUAGGUGUAGGGAUGGAAGCACCAUUACUUGGCUUUCCUGCAGUAGGCAGUAAUUUAAGUGAGGUGCAGAAGGUCCUACAGAUCGUGGACAACACAGUUUCCAGGCAGAAAAUGGACUGCAAGGCUGAAGAGAUCUCCAAGUUGAAGGUUUAUCAUAUGAAGGAUUCAUGCCCUCAAGCAGAGGAACAAGGAGUUACCUCCCCCAAUAUUCCCCCUGUGGGUCUUCCAGUAGUAAGUCAUAAUGGUGCCACUAAAAGUAUUAUUGACUAUACGUUAGAGAAAGUCAAUGAAGCCAAAGCUUGCCUCCAGAGCUUAACCACAGACUCGAGGAGACAGCUCAAUAACAUUAAAAAAGAGAAGCUGCGAACCCUAAUAGACCUGGUAACUGAAGAUAAGAUGAUAGAGAACCAUAACGUAUCCACUCCAUUUUCAUGCCAGUUCUGUAAGGAAAGCUUUCCUGGUCCCAUUCCGUUGCAUCAGCAUGAGCGUUACCUGUGUAAAAUGAAUGAAGAGAUCAAGGCAGUCCUUCAGCCUCACGAGAACAUGGUUCCCAACAAACCUGGAGUGUUUGAUAAGCAAACCCUCUUGCUGUCAUCAGUACUUUCUGAG